AUGCUCAUCAAAGAAUCCUCCCACGAUGUGCCGACUAAAGCUGGUGGUGAUAUGAGAAUCUUCAUCUUCCAUCCUACGGUACCAAAUUACCCUCAAGCCAAGUUUUCAGGCGUCGUUCUCUUCAGCGAAAUCUACCAAGUAACUGGCCCCGUUGCCCGCUUCGCCCGCCAAAUCGCCAGCCACGGCUUCAUCGUCGCCGCCCCCUCGUCGUACCAUGAAUUCGUCUCCUCGGAGCCCUUGGCAUAUGACGUGCCAGGCACCGACAAAGGGAACGAGUUGAAGAUCACGAAGGAAGUCUCCGCCUACGACGAAGACGCCACGCUCUCCAUCGACCACCUCCUGUCCCUGCCGACAUGCAACGGGCGGAUAGGCGCCACGGGGAUGUGUCUUGGCGGGCACCUGGCGUACCGCGCCGCGCUGGAUCGCCGGGUCAGCGCGGCGGUGUGUUAUUUCGCGACGGAUUUGCACUCGCGGACGUUGGGGAAAGGGAAGUGUGAUGACAGCCUGGAGAGGGUGGGGGAGAUUGGAGGGGAGCUGGUUAUGAUCUUCGGGAAAAUGGAUAACCACGUCCCUCCGGCGGGACGAGACCUGAUCCGCAAGACGCUCACGGAUGCGGGCGUCGUGUACAGCUUAUACGAGGUUGCUUGGGCACAGCAUGCAUUCAUUCGCGACGAGUUGUCAAAAGGUCGAUAUGAUCCGGCUAUUUCUAACAUUUGUUUUUCCAUGCUCAUGGAGGUCUUCAACCGAUGUCUCCGGUCUGAUCUGGGCCCGCGAGAGGGCGGUGGUGGGGAGGCGAUUGGCGGAUGUUAGAUAUAGGGAAGGCAGAUGAGAAGUAGUAUGACAGCAAUGCCAAACAAAGGAAAUAUAAUCUACUGGGUGUU